AUGCUGCAGGACAUUGGAUGGUUGAGAUCAAUUACAAAAUUGCCGAUUCUGAUCAUGGGAGUUCUUACAAACGAAGAUGCAAAUAAGGCGAUGGAAGCAGUGUGUCUUGGGAUAAUUGUCUCAAAUCAUGGAGCUCGACAACUAGAUCAUAGUCCAGCCACGAUAUCGCUUACGGAAGAGGUUGUUCAUGCAGUCAAAGGGAAAGUCCCUGUUUUUGUUGAUGGAGGAGUGCGGCGAGGAACAGAUGUUUUCAAGGCAUUGGCCCUUGGGGCACAAGCAGUACUGAUAGGAAAGCCUAUAGUAUAUGGGUUGGCGGCAAAAAGGGAAACUGGAGUUAGAAAGGUCACUGAGAUGCUGAAGGAUGAGCUCGAGCUUACGAUGGCACUAUCUGGAUGUCCCACCAUAAAGGAUAUCACCAGGGGCCAUGUCAUAACAAAUCGUGAGAGACUUCAUUGCUCUCUCUGAAUUCACGACGCAGCAUCCAUGAAAAUACGAUUCACAUAGUCAAAUGGACGAUACCCUUGUUGUAUUAUCGCUUGUAGUUUGCCAUGUUAUGUAAUUAGUUGUCAUGUUUUAUUAUCAAAAAUAAAAUUGGAGUCAGAGUAAGAGCAUCAGUAUAGAUUUGUGAUAGUCAAAGCUGGUUUUUUCUUGGUUCUUUAGUAGAUGUUAAUGAUCAAUAGUACUUUUGAGCAUUAAAUUUGAAGCAUAAAAUUCCUGUGAGACAUGAAA